AUGUGAAGGUUAAGUGCGUAAUCGAAACACAAAUCUAGAGAUUGAAAAUAUUAACAAUAAAUUAUCUAAGUAACAUAACAGUAAUAUUAUUAAAGUGUAUUAAUUACAUCGAAGUUAUGUAUUUUACGUAGGAAGACAAGUAUUAUAGGCAUGAACAAUCUUCGUGGCUUUAGACAAUAGUGAUCAUUAAUCGCAUGUUUACGCCCGUCCUUCCUUCAUUUGUUCGACAUAAGUCACAGCCGACUGGUUCAUGGACGCCUGAGGCCUGCGUAACUGCGGGCGCGUCGAGUUUGUCAGCGGGUUAAAAGAUUGAUUUCGAUAUUCAGACGGUACUGUGUUGUUUUGUUGAACUAUGGCAGAAACUGCUAAUAAACAAUGUGUUGAAGAUAUUAAUGACUGCAGUUCUAUCAGUGCCGAUGCAUCAUUGCCCGAAGAAAGUGUUGAUUCCGAUUGCAAUGAGAGGUGCGUGAAAUUGGGAUCUGAGUCCCCAGCAGAAAGCUGUUACCCGCCCGCCAAAUCAUCUUAUAAGGAGUGUGGACCAGUGAACAAUGUUAAUGAUGGGGAGCAUUCAACAAUCCGUACCGUUACUGAAGCGAAUGGAAAUGAAAAACGACGGCCAGCAUUCAGUAUUACCUUUAGAAACCGGGACUUGGCGAGAAAAUACAGGAAAGCAGUGAAACAAUUUUUCAAGGAAUUAAUUCGUAAGCAUGAACCAGAAGAGGAUGACUGUGAUGCAUCAGACUUGGAAUUAGACAUUUGGGAAGAUGAUGCAGAAGAGAAUUCUAGUGAACAUUCCAAUGAUAAUUUAUUUACAAUUGACACAACUCCAACCCUGAAAGACAAUUUGGAUAUUCCUGCUUAUGAUCGGAAAUUUUCUGUUGUUGAGCAACAGAAGGAAUCGGAGCAGAAAAGUGCUCUAUCAACAUGUUUCAAUUGCAUGGGAGAUCACAGCUUGAAGGAUUGUCCCAAACCAAGAGACCCUACAGUUAUCAACAAGAAUAGAAGAGAAUUUAUGAACAAGCAUGGAAAUUAUUCAAGAGUCAGCCGAUACCAUCUAGAUGAUGACCAGAGAUUUGCCCGUUUUGCCCCUGGUGAAAUUAGUAAUGAAUUAAGUAAGGCACUGGGACUUUCUCAUAAUCAAUUGCCUCGGCACAUUUAUCGCAUGAGGCUUUUGGGUUACCCUCCGGGUUGGAUGGAAGAUGCUAAAGUGUCACACUCUGGACUUGUGAUGUUUGAUUCUCAAGGGCAAGAGGUGGCAGAUCCAGAAGAUGAAGAGGGAGAAAUAGUGACUGGGGACUCAAGAGAUAAAUAUGACAUUAAAAAGAUUAUAAGUUUUCCAGGUUUCAAUGUUGCUGCAAAACCUGGUACGAAAGAUGAUUCAGAUUACUAUCGGUGCCCACCUAUACAGGAUAUGCACAGUAAGCAAAAGAUGCUGUCAUCUCUUCAAAGCAAAGAAACACGUGCCUAUAAAAGGAAACGUUUAUUAGUGACUGCCAAGAGGGCUGAAAAAUUGGAGGAACCAAUCCAUUCUCAAUCAGAUAUGGAAGUUGAAGAAGUUUCUGAUACUGUGAAUUUGCUGCCAGAUGAUGAUUGCCGGUUUAUUCCUCCGUUGCCUAAAGAUACACCUCCAAGGCCACCGCCCCCUCCAUCAACAACUGAAAGUGAUUCAGAAGGUGGCGAAUGCCGCAGUCAGGAACCAUGUUCACCUCUCUCAACAGGGCACAGCAGUUUGUCAUCACCUCGGGCACAGUCGCCAUCCUUAUCUGACCUAGAGGCAAAGAAACGACAAUUACUUGCAGAACUAGAAGAUGGAGGAAGUUCAAGUGACAAUAAUUUAACUCAAAAAGCCACUCCAACUACACCAAAUUUGGGGAGAGUUAAAUCAGUAUCUUUGGGAACACCAAUUCUAAAGAGUGCAUCUCCAUUCUCCAGGCUACCAGAGCCAGAAAAAUUUUCAAAAAAUAUUUGUGAUGUUAUAAAUUUUGAAAAUUUACCUGAUUCAACUGGCAAGUACGAACAAAUGAGUGGCAUAAUUAAAAAAGUGCGUACAGUAGUGGCCCGUAUGCAUGAGCAAGAUGAAUGACCAGGACUCAAUAAACAAUGUUCUGAUCAGAUGUAUCUCCACUCGUGGCUUAAAAGUUAUGUCAGUGAUGACAAAAAUUGAUGUUUUCUUUGAAGACUGAACAUUUUUGGCCUGUCAAUCAUUCAAGAAAGACAACUGCUCUGUAAAUUUAUUCAAGAAAUAACACUACAAAUGCUUGUCUUUUGUACAGAGAGAGUUUUAAAUAAAAAGGAAGAAUGUUCCUUUCGGUUUACAGAAAUGUACAAAAAAGUUCGUUAUAUAAAUUGUAUUUUAUCUCUCAGGACAGUGAAAUGUAGACUUGUGCCAUUAUGAUGCAAAAUUGAAUUAAAUUUUGAUGUGCUGUUCAGAAUUUCCAAGUGUCCUUUACAAAAGGAAAUGGUUUAAUUGGCAGCGGUUAACAUUGCGCAUAAAUUGUAUAUAUUUUUAAUAACCGGGGUAGUUUUUCUGUGCAACUGCAAUUAUAAAGAUAGAAGUACAAACCAAUUCAGUAAGUUGGUGUGCAAUACUCCUUUUUAUUUUUUAUUAGGUUAGAUUUGUAUGUGGGAAGGGGAAGAAUGUUUAAUAAUACAGAAGACUACAGCCAUCAGGUUGUGUUAAUUUAGGUUAUAGAAGUUAUUUUUGCUAAUGGCACAAUGUAGAAAUGGACAGAAAAGGUGCAUAAAUUCAAUUAAAUGUUCCUUGAUAAGCUUUCUCUUGGAUGGAGCAAAGUCUAGUCCCCUUGGAACAUUUUUUAAGAUUCAAUUUAUUAUAAAAAAAAUUAUAUAAGUUUAGCUUCUCUGUGUAAUUAUUCCUGUGUGAACACAUUUUAUUUUUAUGCAGUUUUGUGUUCAUAAAUUAUAAUAUGCAUGAUAGAAAUUUACAUCCAACAAAAUGUUAUGCAGUUCUUGUGUCACAUACCUCAUUUUUAACUUAUAAAGCCAAUAAAUUUCAAUUGUUUUCUUAUUAAUUUUUUUUUGGUAUUAGUUGUAUGUCCUUUUUGAAAUAGUGAUUUUUCAUUUUUUCAGACAAGUCCUAGAAUGACUGGCUCAGAGCUAAGUCGUUCGCCUUUCACCAGAGAGGUCUGAGUUAAAU